AUGAUUAUCACCGAUGAAAUCAACACCCUGACAGCAGGAUUUCAGGAAGAAGUCCAAGCCUUUGGAGUGGAAUUUUAUGUCGGAGAAAGCCGCUGGAAACAGCAAAUUCCAAGUCAGCAGCGCCGGCAUGAGGCAGAGGAACCAUUCCCGCUGACGACGCUAGGUGGCGGUGUUGACCACGGACACGCAGCUUCCUCUCCCCGCCCCGGCUCUGCAAAAACAGCCGAGAGAGCUGCUCGGGAACUGCAGAGGCGAACGCAGCCGAGCUGCUCGGAGUUUGCAGAAGCCUUUCCUUGCCGUCCCUGGCAAACACUGCUCGGGCUGGGACACUGCUUGCAAACGCCGGCGAGCCGAGAGGACGUGGUCUGUGUUUUGUGGAGAGGAAUGCCGUGGAACGGGAGACGGAGCAGAGGCAGCCUCAGGCAAGUGAUCUUGUUCCUUCUGUGCGUUUGCGUGUGGCAGAGCGGGGCCGAAAGCCUCCGCUAUUCUGUGGCGGAGGAAAUGGAGAGGGAGUCCUUUGUGGGCAAUAUUGCCCAGGACCUGGGGCUGGAUCCGAGCCAGCUGGCAGCUCGCAAGGCGCGCGUUGUGUCCGAGGGGAACCAGCAGCUUUUCCGCCUCAACCCGAGCACCGGAGUGCUGACGGCCACGGAAUCUCUAGACCGGGAAGAGCUCUGUCCUCAAAGCGAGACCUGCACGCUCUUUUUUAAGGUGUUCUUUGACAACCCCUUGCAGUUGAUCAGAGGGCAGGUGGAGAUUCUUGACGUCAACGACAACUCCCCCGUGUUCCCUAAGAAGGAAAUCGUUUUAAAGACUCUUGAAACGACACCUCCCGGGUCUCGUUUCCCUCUGGAAAGUGCCCGGGACAAAGACGUGGGCAGUAACGGUUUGCAGAACUACAGCCUCGAGUCCAAUUCGCAUUUCUCCCUUGUUGUAAGAGGAAGGAAAGAUGGAACAAAGUAUGCAGAGCUCGUCCUAGAGCGGCAGCUGGACCGCGAAGAACAAGGAGAGAUUAAUAUACUCCUGACUGCCACAGACGGGGGCUCGCCACCGAAGUCAGGCACGGCUCAGAUCCGGAUCGUGGUGCUGGAUACCAAUGACAACAUUCCAGUCUUUGAUCGGGAAGUUUAUGAGGUGCGCCAGGCCGAGAACAGCCCCCCGGGACAGCUGGUGGUCAGAGUCGCGGCCACAGAUCCCGACGAAGAUUCCUACGGAAAACUGCAGUACGUCUUCACCGAAGCAUCAGAGGGCUCUCAGCAGCUCUUCGAUCUCAACCCUGACACGGGUGAGAUUCUGGUAGCAGGCAACCUGGACUUCGAGGAAAGAAAAUUCCACGAACUGAUGGUGAGAGCCGCAGAUGGUGGGGGUCUGUCUGCGCAUUGCAAAGUGCUGGUGGAGGUCGUGGACGUGAACGACAACGCCCCGGAGAUACAGCUGACCUCACACACUGCCGCCGUUCCCGAGGACGCUCCACCACGCACUAUCGUAGCCCUCUUCAGCGUGCGGGACCGGGACGCUGGUGACAACGGCAGGACAGAGUGCACCAUCGAAGGGGAUUUGCCCUUCACACUCACCCCCACUGUCGAUAAUUUCUACGAGCUGAGAACCAACGCGGCGCUCGACAGGGAGACAACGUCCGAGUAUAACAUCAGCAUCCGAGCGACGGACUGGGGCCCGCGGCGCCUGAGCUCUCGGCAAAGCCUGUGGGUGCAGGUGACGGAUGUGAACGACAACGCGCCCGCCUUCAGCCAGGAGCUUUACAGCAUGUGGGUGACAGAGAACAACAGCCCCAUGGUGCGCAUCGGCAGCGUGCAUGCCAGCGACGCGGACGCGGGCAGCAACGCCCGCGUGCAGUACGCGCUGGAGCGGGAGGAGGGCCAGGAGCAGCCCGCGCUGUCGGUCAGCUCGGAGAGCGGCGACGUGUACGUGGUGCGGUCGCUGGACUACGAGCGGCUGCGCGCCUUGGAGGUGUGGGUGCGCGCGGCCGACGGCGGCUCGCCGGCGCUGAGCGCGCGGGCGCUGCUGCGCGUGCUGGUGCGCGACGAGAACGACAACGCGCCGGUGGUGCUGCACCCGGGCGCCGAGAGCAGCGCGGGCGCGGGCGAGCUGGUGCCGCGCUGGGCACCGGCAGGCUACCUGGUGGCCAAGGUGGUGGCGGUGGACGCGGACGCGGGGCAGAACGCGUGGCUGUCGUACGAGCUGGCCAAGGCCACGGAGCCGGGGCUCUUCCGCCUGGGGCUGCACAGCGGCGAGGUGCGCACGGCGCGGGCCGUGGCCGAGCGCGACGCGCCCCGACACAGGCUCGUCGUGCUCGUGCGAGACCGCGGACAGCCGCCGCGCUCGGCCAGCGCCACCCUCGCCAUCGCCCUGCUCCACGACUUCUCCGACGCCCACCUGCGCCUCAGCCACGAGGCGCCGCCCGCCGAGCCCGACGACACGCUCACUCUCUACCUCAUCGCCUGCCUGGCCUGCGUAUCCGCGCUCUGCCUGGCCACCGGCCUGGCCGCCCUGCUGAUGAAGCUGCGACGGGACAGGCAGAGAAAUGCCGAGUCCUUGCCCACCUUCCCGACGGCUGUGGCCGAGAGCGACGCAGGCUCCCUACCCCGCAGCCUGAUGUACGACGUGUGCUUGGCCACCGGCAGCCUGAGCAGCGACUUUCACUUCCUCGGUCCGCUCUUGCCAUGCUUUCCUGCGGUAAUUCCCCCCGGCGCUUCUCCACAGCGGAGCUCCAUGCUCUCACAAGAGGCGUCCAGCGUCGUGGAAGGAGGAGACUGUGCUGCACAGGCUUCACUCUCUGAAGAUCUGAGAUCCAGACCGGCUGAAACAGCUUGUGCUGCAAAUAGGGACGUGGAGCUAAAUGGCAGUUCUGGUCAAAAUCCUUGGCUCACCCAUCAAGAGAACAGUGGGAAGCAACAAAGCAGCAGCACCGACCAGAAGCAGAAGAACCAUUCCCGCUGA